AUGGAAGCAAUGGAGGCCGAAGAAGGUCUUUUUCUGGCUAAUGAUGCCAAGUUGCAUGCAGGAAUUUGUAGAGCAUUUCAUCCUUCUGUAUCUAAGCUCUCCGCCAUUUUCCCCUUUAUCGAAGCAUCAAGACCCAGAAGCAAGUCUGGUAUACAGGCAUUGUGUUCACUACAUGUAGCUCUUGAUAAAGCCAAAGGGCUUCUUCAACAUUGUGCAGACUGCAGCAGACUCUACUUGGCCAUCACUUCAGAAACUGUGCUUUUAAAGUUUGAGAAGUCUAGAAACCAGCUUCAGGAGAGUCUAAGGCGCACUGAAAGCAUAGUAACGGAAGAUAUCGGCUGUAAGAUUGUGGAGAUUGUUGGUGAGCUGGAGGAAAUUGUUUUUACAUUGGAUAGAUCAGAGAAGGAAGCUGGUGAUGAGCUGAUCAAUUUGCUCCAGAGAAACAAUAAAACAAAUGGUUCCAGUGAUAGUGGGGAGCUUGAGGUCUUCCAUUUGUCUGCUCUUAAAUUGGGAAUUACAUCUUCUAGGGCAGCACUCACCGAGAGAAGAGCCCUGAAGAAGCUAAUUGAGAAGGCUCGUUCUGAUGAAGACAAGCGGAAGGAGCUUGUUGUGUCAUACUUGUACAAUCUUAUGAGAAAGUACUCAAAGUUCUUCAGAAGUGAGGCUGGUGAUGAUACAGAUUCUCAGGGAUCGUCUCCAUGCUCACCAACAGUAUUAGGCAUGGAUGAUAUGUAUGGGCCGUACAGCAAUGGUCGGGCAUUCAGUAGACAGCUCUCGAGCAUUCAGUCGUUGAAUUCGAGGUUUGGAUCUUUCAAUUCUAGGCUUGGAUCAUUCAACUGCAGACGUGGUGGUGGUCCAAGGUCUGAGAAUAUGUCAAUCCCUCCUGAAGAGCUUAGGUGCCCUAUUUCCUUACAGCUCAUGUAUGAUCCAGUCAUCAUUUCAUCUGGGCAGACUUACGAGCGUAUUUGCAUUGAGAAAUGGUUCAAUGAUGGUCACAGCACAUGUCCUAAAACACAGCAGCAACUUGCCCACCUGUCAUUGACUCCAAACUACUGUGUUAAGACCCUGAUUGCCAGCUGGUGUGAGCAGAACGAUUUUCCAGUUCCUGAUGGUCCACCAGGAACUUUUGAUGUAAAUUGGAGGCUUGCUUUCUCUGACACUGAGGGUACAGGUUGUGUGUCUGUUGAAAGUUUUGAUUGUAAUAAUGCAAAGAGUGUCAAGAUUGUCCCAAUGGAGAAUGUUAGAAAGGAGGAGCCAGCAAACAGUGAAUCGGGAACAUUGGAUGACAGCUCUUGUAACAAUUUCGAUUUGAACGAGGGCUAUGGGAACUUGCUGCUCUUGCUUCAUGAAAGAAGUAACAUGAACAAGCAGUGCAGGUUGGUGGAGCAGAUAAGGUACCUUUUGAAAGAUGACGAGGAAGCAAGGAUCCUGCUGGGCUCAAAUGGCUUUGCCGAGGCACUGGUUGAGUUCUUGAGGAAUGCUGUGAAUGAUGGAAAUGAGAAGGCACAAGAAGUUGGUGCAAUGGCUCUUUUCAAUCUUGCAGUCAACAAUAACAGAAACAAGGGACUCCUGUUAUCUGCUGGAGUCGCCGAUCUACUUGAGCAGAUGAUAUCGAAUCCACGCCUAUCUGGUCCUGCCACAGCACUCUACCUUAAUCUUUCCUGCCUUCCUGAUGCAAAGGCCGUCAUCGGUUCGAGCCAGGCGGUGCCAUUCCUAGUCGACCGUCUGUAUAGCCAAGAUGCCAGCAACACGAAAGACAGCUCCUGCAAGCAUGACGCCUUGUACACACUGUACAACCUCUCGAACCACCAGGCCAGUGUCCCGGCGCUUCUAACCGCAGGCAUUGUGGAUGCUCUCCACUGCCUCGUCACAGACUCUCCAGAGUCGGAGGGGCUUGGUUGGACAGAGAAGGCUUUCGCGGUGCUCAUCAGCCUCGCAGCCACCCAAGCUGGCAGGAAGGAGAUCAUGUCCACCCCCGGUUUGGUCAGCACGCUAGCGACGCUGCUGGACACAGGCGAGCCGACGGAGCAGGAGCAGGCGGUGUCAUGCCUCCUGGUGAUGUGCAGCGCCGACGACAAGUGCAUCGUGCCGGUGCUCCAGGAAGGGGUGGUCCCGUCCCUGGUCUCCAUCUCGGCGGCCGGGACGGGGAGGGGCAGGGAGAAGGCCCAGAAGCUCCUGAAGUUGUUCAGGGAGCAGAGGCAGCGGAACGCGCCGCCGCCCCAGCAGCAGCAGCAGCAGCAGCAGCUUCUGCAGAGCCAGCUGGCGGAGGGCGGGAACGGCGGCGGCGGCGCUAUCGUGUGCCUCCGGGAAUCGAAGCCGCUGUGCAAGUCCAAGUCCAGGAAGCUGGGCAGGACGCUGAGCUCGCUGUGGAAGAACAGGGGCUUCUCGCUGUACCAGUGCUAG